AUGAAUACAGAAGACAAUUUACUAUUAAAAUUUCAAAAUAAAAAAAAGCCUACAGACGAAGAUCUUGCAUUUACGGCUAUAGUAUCAUAUCUUCAAGAACAGUCUCUAAACGAUUAUAUUAAAGAGCACAAAGACGAGAUCAAUGAAGAAGAAAUCAGUUCAACUGAACCUGGUCGCUUAGUUAACCUUAUUCCAUAUCUAAACGAGCUUAAACUUAAUGACAGAGAAGCUAUAGGAAUUUGUCAGAUCAAAGCAAAGAAAUUACUACGGAUUAAGAAUGUUGUCAUAAAAAAACAUUUGGAACGAGCUUAUGAUAUUAUUUAUAAAGACCAGCUUGAGUUCUGGGGAAACACGGGAAUUCAUGAUGAAAGCGACACAGAAGGGGUGAAUGUAAAUAAUUUAAUGCCGAUCCAAGAUACCAACGAGAUGAAUAAGGGUGUUGUAAGCCUUUGGAAAGUUCCCACCGUUGUAAACCAAUCAGACUCGGAUGGUACGAAAACAGUUGAUGAAACGACCAAAAAGAAUGGCAAGAAAAGAACAAGCAAAGACUCACGAGAAACCCCUACAAAAAAGCAAAAAGGAGAUAAACCAGAGCGAGCUUCUCAAAUGAAAAUCAAAUUGAAAGAUCUUGGAGGAAUAGACAAAAUUAUUCAGGAUGUUUUGGAAUUAAUUGGUAUGCCUUUAAGUCAUCCUGAAAUUUAUCAACACAUUGGAACCGACACUCCUCGUGGAGUUCUUCUUCAUGGCCCUCCAGGAUGUGGAAAAACUGUUUUAGCAAAUGCUAUUGCAAACGAAUUAGGGAUACCUUUUAUUGCCAUAUCGGCACCUUCUAUCGUUUCCGGAAUGUCAGGAGAGUCAGAAAAGAAACUCAGGGAGAUUUUUGAAGAAGCCAAAACCUUAGCUCCUUGUAUUUUGUUUUUAGACGAAAUAGAUGCAAUUACACCGAAGCGCGAUAGCGCACAACGUGAAAUGGAACGCCGAAUUGUGGCUCAGCUUCUUACUUGCAUGGACGACGUUUCACUAGAGAAAACCGGAGGUCGUCCUGUCGUUAUUAUCGGUGCAACUAAUAGACCGGAUUCGAUAGAUCCUGCAUUGAGACGAGGAGGUAGAUUUGAUCGUGAAAUAUGCAUGAGUGUUCCCGAUGAAGACGCUCGUGAAAAAAUUCUUCAAAAGAUAUGUUCGAAGCUUAGACUUGAGGGAAAUUUUGAUUAUAAGAAGCUCUCAAAAUUAACUCCAGGCUUUGUAGGAGCCGAUUUACAGGGCCUAGUUUCGUCUGCUGGUGUUGCAGCAAUAAAGAGAAUUUUUGGUGUUAUAUUAAAGGAAUCAUUGAAUUCAGUAAACCGAAAUGCCCCAGAUACGACUGAAGAAAAGAAUGAGGAAAGUGAAGAUGUUCAGAUGAAUGACAUUAAUGAAACUGAAACUAGUGAAAAACCUUCUCUUUCCGAAAAAUUGAUAGAGGAGAGUCUAAAGGAAAACCCAGCUUCUAUCAUCGAGAGCUUUUUAGCUGCACAUCCGGAUCCAUUAGAUGAGAAUGAAUUGGCGCCGUUAGCAAUAACCUUUCAAGAUUUUGAAACCGCUUUACCCACAAUUCAACCAUCUUCUAAACGUGAAGGGUUUGCCACGGUUCCAGAUGUCAACUGGGACGAUGUUGGCGCGCUGGAGAGUAUUCGUGAAGAGCUGGAAUAUGCUAUUGUCGAACCUAUUCGAAAUCCUGAUUUAUACAAGUCAGUCGGAGUGAACGCACCUUCAGGAGUAUUACUUUGGGGACCACCAGGAUGUGGUAAAACACUUCUUGCCAAGGCUGUGGCAAAUGAGUCUCAAGCAAAUUUCAUUUCUGUUCGAGGUCCUGAGCUAUUAAACAAAUAUGUCGGUGAAUCUGAAAGGGCUGUCCGACAAGUGUUUACUCGUGCUAGAGCAUCUGUGCCUUGCAUAAUAUUUUUCGAUGAGUUGGAUGCUUUAGUACCACAUAGAGAUGACACCAACUCCGAGGUUUCAUCAAGAGUGGUUAACACUCUUUUGACGGAGCUGGAUGGAGUUGGUGAUAGACAAGGCAUAUUUGUUGUUGCAGCAACAAACCGCCCAGAUAUGAUUGAUUCGGCUAUGCUUAGACCUGGACGUUUGGAUAAACAGCUCAUGGUUGAACUUCCAUCUCCUGAGGAAAGAGUGGCGAUUUUAAAAACAGUUACAAGGUCUUCACCGCUUUCCCCUGAAGUUGAUAUUGCAUCGAUUGCUCAUGAUGAAAGGUGCAGAAAUUUUAGUGGUGCAGAUCUUUCAGCCUUAACACGAGAAGCAGCGGUAUAUGCUCUUAAAAAACACUUGAAAAGUCGUAACAAGCAGCAAUCUUUACCGGGAACCCCUGAAAAUGUGGUUAUUUGCAAUGAAGAUUUUAAUGAGGCUUUUAGAAAAGUCAAGCCUAGUGUUUCCGAUUUGGAGCGUGAAAAGUAUAGAUUGUUACAACAACGACUUGGAGGUAGAGAGUAA